AUGCCGGUAGAUGCAACGGCCAGAGCUUCAUCGACAAGCUUCAGCGUCGGUGGCAUUCCCUCUACAGGCCUGCGACGUGCAUUCACCGUCGAUGAGACCAGUAGCAGCAACACCCGCAAGCGACCAUCCCUAGCUCCGCAGCACACCAGCUCCUUUGAUGGCCUACCUCACUCGUCUUCGCCGUCAUAUCCCACAGCAGCAGCCUCGCCGCCGCAGCGCAGACCAAGCUCCACCUACAGCUUGGGAGAGGCACGCGACAUCAUCAGCCCCAAGGCCACAGGUGGAGGCGACCUGACACCUCACGAGCCGUCGUCGCUGGCCUCGCUCUCCCUAGCCUCUGCACUGCUGCCGGCCCUGGCGGGGGUUCUUUUUCAGAAUGGAGGUGCCCUCGUCACGGAUCUGAUGCUCCUGGGGCUGGCUGGCAUCUUCCUCAACUGGUCCGUCACACAGCCAUGGAACUGGUAUCAUGCAGCUCAAGAGGUUCGCAUUAAGAACGAAGAGAGCGCCGAGUCGGCCAUUGAAGAGGACAGCGAGGUUGAAGGCCCGUCAUACGUUUCUACUUCUUCAUCGCAGAAGCUCGACAGGGUGCCCGAAGAAGAUAAGGACGAGAGCGCCAGCAACGAUGAUGGGGACGACGACUAUGCCACUCCCCGGUCGUCCACGCCGGCCCUUGCUCCCGAAGCCGACCAGAAGCAAAAGCCGACUACUUCUCCCAAGUGCUCGAUGACGGCGGAGCAAAAGUCGGCCGUACGCGAGCUCUACCUGUACGAGGCCAUCGCCCUAGUAUCAUGCUUUUCCCUUCCCUUGGUAGCCGCCUACUUUUUGCACGCAAUCCGGAGCCAACUCAGCCGGCCCUCCGAGGGCCUGGUGUCCAACUACAACCUGACGAUAUUUUGCCUCGCGUCAGAGCUACGAGUCUUCUCGCACGUCUUCAAGCUGGUGCAGUGCCGCACCCUGCAUCUGCAGAGGAUCGUGCACAAGUAUCCGCACGAGCUGCCACCGGCCUCUGCUUCGCCUCGACUCAAGCAGUUGGACGAAGUACUGAAGAGGCUGGACAGAUUGGAGACGUCGGGUGCUACUGCGACGACGACGACGACGACGACGACGCCGCAAGCUAGAAACGACCCCGUGGCCAGCACGGCCGAUAAGUGGAAGCAAGAGGCGGCCAUGGUGCAGCAACUCCGAGCGUCGAUGCAGCCCGAACUGGAUGCACUGAAUCGCGCUGUGCGGCGCUAUGAGAAGAAGUCCACACUGCUGGAGAUGCAGGUGCAGUCGCGCUUUGGCGCCGUUGAGGCUCGGCUGGACGACAGCAUCGCGCUGGCCGCCGCUGCCGCCAAGAACAGCGCUCUCCAUAACAACGACGGCAAUGGUAUCAUCUCAUGGAUUAUGGACAUGGCCAUCCGUGCCAUCUUGUGGCAUGCCAACGCCCUUUUACGCAUCGCACUUUUACCCCUCGAUGCUGCCAAGGGUUUUGUCAACGUUGCUAAGGGACGUAAGCAGUCACCGCCAUCCGCCAGGACAGUCAAGCGUGACAGCAUCAGCAACAGUAGCGGUGGGAGGGUGACGGCGGCGACGGCGACCAUGGCGAGACACAGUGAGCGAAGCGGUGGUGGUGUACCCAGCCGGGUUUCCCGGAGGUGA